AAAAAAAAUUAAGUUAGCCAGCAGUUCAUGAACCGCCUAGGAACUGUAUAAUAGCAAUAAUUAGAGUUAUAAUUUGUGACAAAAAUAAAUCGUGAACCAAACCGGCCUGAGGCUAAGUCUCUCAAUAUAUAUAUCCUCAGUCUCUAUGCUUCCCAAUACAAGCUUGCAAUUAAGUUUUCAAAGUUGAGAUCCAGUAAAUUUGAAUGGCUCAUCCAAGCUCUUGCCAUGGCAAAGCAUGCAGAUGAUGAUCUUGAAGCAGGUAAUUAUUAUGUGGUUGAAGGCAAAUAUUUGAGAUUGUGCACAUCAAUGGCUUCUCAAGCCAACAAUGAUGAUGGUGAUCUUGAAGCAGGUACUUAUUGUGUGGUUGAAGAAGGCAAAUAUUUGGGAUUGUACAGAGCUAUAGUGCAAGAAAGUUGGGAUAAUGAAGAUCAAAAAUUGUUCAACCAACAUGAUAUUGUUGUUCCUCUGAACAACAACUUAGACACUGCAUUGCAUGUUGUUGCCCGCCGCCAUGUUUCCCUUUCCUUUGCAGAGAAGCUUGUGGCAAAGUUGCCUGCAGAUAAUGAUGAAGCUCUUCUUCUCAAAAACCGCAAGGGCCUAGCCCCACUUCACCUUGCUGCUCGUUAUGGAAACCUUGAGGUGGCUAAAAUUCUUGUUCAGAAGAAUUCUAAGCUCCUCUAUGAUCGCUGCAAGAAAGAUCUUUUCCCCAUCCAUUACGCAGCUCAAAACACUCUCAACAGCGUGGAAGUGUAUCGCUAUUUCUUGGGUGUCACUAAGGAUAAUGAAGAUGGGGAAGUUAACCCAUAUGAAGGCCCAAGUGGUGCCACUAUUCUUGUUAACUUAAUCAAGUCUAAAUUCUAUGUGGUGGCAAAGGAGUUAGUUGAUAAGUACCCUGAUUUGACUCGUCAUCAUACACUAGACAAGGAAACAUCUCCUUUGGAGGCCAUAGUCAAAUACGAUUGUCCUAUCUUAAACAAAACUACAAUACACCAGUUGUUUUCGAAGAUCAUUGUACAGAAAAAAAUGUUGAAGCAGGAACAAGAAGCAAUGGAGCUUCUUAAAUGUUUGUGCGAUAAACUAAAAACCCUAAAUGGCACACAAGUUGCCUCACUUGCAAAAACAGCAAUAAUUGAAGCAGCGUACUUGGACAUUGAAGAGGUGGUUCAAAACAUUGUGGAAGCAUAUCCUACGACGGCUUAUUACCAAGAUAAAAGUGGGCGGAAUAUACUUCACAUUGCAGUAGAGAACCGUUGCAUCAAUGUUUUUAACCUUGUUUGUGGUCCUGGUCGAACAAGUGUGCUCAUGCAUGAUUUAGUAGAUGAAAGAGACAACAAUGGAAACAACAUUGUGCAUUUGGCUGGGAAAUUGACACCUCCACACAAGCUAAAUCUUGUUUCUGUUGCAGCUCUAAAAAUGCAACGGGAGUUGCAAUGGUUUAAGGAAGUGAAAAAGAUCUCACCACCAUAUUUCUCAUCACUGAAGAAUAAAGAUGGUAAAACACCCGAGAUGGUGUUCACGGAUGAGCAUAAGGGCUUAAAAGAGGGAGCAGAGAAAUGGAUGAAGGACACAGCAACUUCAUGCACAAUUGUGGCAGCCCUAAUUGUUACUGUCAUGUUCGCCGCCGCAAUUACAGUUCCAGGGGGCAGUCACGGCGGUGAAAAUUCAAACGACGCCUAUAUUGGUAACAUUACAUUCCCCGUUUCAAAUGUAUUUGGCCCAGGCUUCAAUACGGCUAAAAUAGUUGCAGUUCCCAAUGCCACAACUCACACAAGUGGUGAAAAUAAAGACCAGAUUAAAGAGGGCUUCCCAAUCUUCACCCAAAAGGGUUCUUUCACAGCUUUUUACAUUUCAAAUGGGGCAUCUCUCUUUACAUCCGUUACUUCUCUUCUCCUCUUCUUGUCCAUCUUAACUUCACGGUUUAAAGAAGAGGAUUUCCUUUAUGCUCUUCCCAGGAGACUAAUUAUAGGCCUCUUCACCUUGUUGAUCUCCAUAAUAUUUAUGAUGGUAGCCUUUUCCACCACGGUUUUUCUUGUAUUUGGCAGCAAGAAAUUUGGUGAUGAACCGGCUGCAAUUGUUUUGGUUGUAGUCUCAUGUGUUCCGGUGGUUUCAUUUGUGAUUCUUCAAUUCCGGCUUCUUGUAGCUUUAUUAUGGUCUACUUAUGGAUGGGGCAUUUUCCAUAAGCGACGUGACAUUCCCCAAAUGUUAUUUUGACAAAGUUCAGGCUUAUGUGCUGCCAAAGAAAUCUUUAUGUAAUCUAGACAACUAGCUGAUUGAGUUUUUUGAUUUUAUUCCGUGUUGUAUUUCUACUUUGGUUUGUACCAACUUUGUAUUGGCUUUGAUGGACAUUGUUUAGAGCAUCCUUAUCAGUGGGGAUAUUUCGCUGAUGAGUUUUUGUAAGUGUGAUUAGUAAA